CAAGAAAAAAAGGAAAUGGGAGGAGAUUCAUGCCCAGCAGAAGAUUCCUCCGUACUCGGUGUUUGCCCAGAUCUCUCACCCAACUCGGUUAUCUCCAUGUCAUAAUCUUGCUAUCAGAACUCAGAAUCCAAGUGGCGUGAGAGGAAGGGCCAUCCACUGUCCUUGGAGCCGGGGUCAGAUCAACAGGCUUCAGCAUGACAGAGAGGGCAUGGCGCUAUAUCCUAGGAAUGGUGCAGAAAAGGCUUCCUAUCCUGGAAUGGCUUCCUCACUACUCCUUGAAGUGGUUGCAACUGGACAGCAUUGCUGGGCUUACUGUGGGGCUGACUGUUGUGCCCCAGGCUCUGGCCUAUGCUGAAGUGGCUGGGCUACCUGUUCAGUAUGGCCUUUACUCCUCCUUUAUGGGAUGUUUCGUGUAUUUUUUCCUGGGCACUUCUCGGGAUGUGACCUUGGGCCCCACAGCCAUCAUGUCCUUGCUGGUUUCCUUCUACGCCUUACACCAGCCUACUUAUGCUGUGCUCCUCACUUUCCUCUCUGGCUGUAUCCAGUUAGCCAUGGGGAUCCUGCACUUGGAUUUCCUGUUGGAGUUCAUUUCCUACCCUGUUAUUAAAGGCUUUACAUCUGCUGCUUCAGUCACCAUUGGGUUUGGCCAGAUUAAGAACCUCCUGGGUCUACAUGACAUCCCUCAGCAGUUUUUCUUUCAAGUAUAUUACACCUUCCUCAAAGUUGGACAGACCAGGUUAGGAGAUACCAUCUUAGGGCUGGUCUGCAUAGUGCUUCUACUGCUGCUGAAGGCGAUGAGGGACCAGGUGCCACCCCUCCACCAGCAGAUGCCACGUUGUGUGCGACUCAGCCACAUUAUAGUCUGGUCCAUCACCACAGCCCGCAAUGCCUUGGUGAUACUAUUUGCUGGCCUGAUUGCCUACUCCUUCCAGGUGAUGGGGUCUCAGCCAUUCCUUCUGACUGGAAAAACUGCAGAAGGUCUCCCUCCCUUUCAGCUUCCUCCUUUCUCUGAGGCCACCUCUAAUGGGACUGUGUCCUUUAUCCAAAUGGUACAGGACAUGGGUGCUGGCCUUGCUGUGGUACCUCUAAUGGCCCUGUUGGAAAGCAUCACUAUUGCCAAAACCUUUGCAUCCCAAAACAGUUACCACAUUGACUCCAACCAGGAGCUGCUGGCCAUUGGCCUCACCAAUUUACUGGGCUCUUUCGUUUCUUCCUAUCCUGUCACAGGCAGUUUUGGACGGACAGCAGUGAAUGCCCAGACAGGGGUAUGUACUCCAGCGGGAGGACUGGUGACAGGAGUACUAGUAAUGUUAUCUCUUGCCUACUUGACUCCACUUUUCUACUAUAUUCCAAAGGCUGCUCUAGCAGCUGUCAUCAUCACAGCUGUUGCCCCCCUAUUUGAUGCCAAAAUCUUAUGGACAGUCUGGCGUGUGAAAAGACUGGAUUUGGUGCCGAUGUGUGUAACUUUCUUGUUUUGUUUUUGGGAAGUGCAGUAUGGCAUAUUGGCUGGGAUCUUGGUGUCUGGAAUGCUCCUCCUUUACCACGUAGCCAGACCCCAGAUUCAGCAAAUAUCUAAAGGCCCAGUGCUUGUCCUUCGGCCCAUUAGUGGUCUGCACUUUCCAGCAGUUGAAACUCUCUGGAAGACUGUAUAUAAUCAGGCUCUUUCAGCAUCACCCCCACGUUGUACCAUCCUGGACUGUACCCAUAUCUGUAAUGUUGAUUAUACAGUGAUGACAGGACUUGGGGAAUUGCUAGAAGAGUUUCAAAAUCAUGGAGCCUCCUUGGUUUUUGCCAAGUUACAGGCACCUGUACUUUUUGACCUACUAUCUGCUGAUCUAAAAGGGUUCCAACAUUUCUCUACCCUUGAAGAAGCAGAAAAAUACUUGAGUGAAGAGUGAAGUUUCUAAGCCUAAUGCCAGUGAAGAUCACCAGAAUCCAAAAUUGUCAUGCUCACACCAACCAAUUGACUUUCGUCCAUGGCAAGAGAUGAUGACCAGGCUUCCAUAUGUAUACAUAGACAGCAUAUCCUGUAACUGUGAACUUUUCUUGUGAUGCAUUUUUUGGGUCAGGGUACUCAAGGAAAAUCCCAGUAGGUAACUUUAUGAAGAAAUGGAAAUUAGACCUGGAAAGAAGCAACCAUCUGAUCCAGCCCUCUCAUCUUAUAAGUGAGGAAAAAGUUAAGUGACUGAUCCAUCCAUAUGACUUAGGAUAAUAAAUAUCAGAGCUGGGAUUAGAAUGCAGGUCCUUUGAUCGAAAUCCAGUGUUUCUAUAGCUGUAUCAUGCAGCCUUCCAUAAUUAAUUGCUAUGAAAAAAUGAACUUUUUCUUUUCUUUCCCUUUAGUCUUCUUUUUUUUUUAAAUAAUGAGAACUAUAAUAAAUCACAGCUUUAGAAAUAGAAUAGAACACAUUGAUCACCCCUUUAGUCUUCUAUCAGGUCAUAGCAUAGUUAACCAAAGAAGGUUUACUUACCCCUCACAUAAAAAGGAUAGUGAAACACUUCAUGCUGAUAAAUGUAGCUCCCCUUACCUAUAUGGAAACACUACAGUCAUCUAGUCCAAGUGUGAUGGCUCCCACAGUCUUCAGUAUCUGUCAAUUCUGAAAGGCCCCCAACCUUCUUGAAUGAGUUAUUUUAUGCCUUUGGGUGAGAACAAAAUCACAGUGAUAAGAGGUAGAGACUCCCAGGAAACUUCACAAGGGAGGCACAACUUGAGCCUUGCCCUAACCCAAAUCCUGACUUUGUGGCCUUUUAUAGCCUAACCUAUGUUAGGGGAUUGGGGAACCCACCAUUGAAUAUCGAGAUCCUUUGGAUUUAAGCACCUUCCCUCUUACUAGGGCUGUUCCUAAUCCCCAUAAUCCCACUUCCACACCCAGAUUUGUAUAUUCCACUCUCACCAGCAAAUUGCUGCUAUUUCUUAUACCCCUACUCCCUCAUCCUGCCCUUGCAGAAGCUCUUCUCUGCAUUAGAGAAACAACAGGGAAUAAAGCAUUAUACCAGGAAGCAGGAAGUUCUGGAUCAAUCCAGCCUCAGACACUAGCCACAUCACACUGAGAAAGUCACUUAACUAAUUCUACCUCAGUUUUCUCAUCUGUGAAAUGUGGAUAAUAAUAGCCCCUCUUACAUCCCAGAGUUGUUGGGAGGAAAAAAAUGAGAAAAUUUUAAUAAAGCAUUUUGUAAACCCUAAAACUCUCUUUAAAUAUAAUCUCAUAUAAAUUCCAGCUAUUGUUUUUAUUUGGUGCUUGCUUAUAGGUUUUAACCCAAUUGUCUUCUUCACCCUGACAAAAGUACUUAGAUUGGGGAGGACUUACUGGUGAGGAAAGCUCUUGAUUUAGAUGACCAAAGCCUAAUAAUAAUAGUACAGAGAAGAGAGAUGCCUCUUUGGGGAUCUGAAGUCAUACUGUGAACAUGAGAGGGUGGAGAGUGGAAGGCUUUUACUUGGCUGUUAAACUGCUGAACUCUCAUUUCCUGUGACCUUGCAACAAAGUCAACCUUGGGGCUUUCAUCUUUAAACUAAGAAAACUGGGGAUCAUUAAAUUUUUCUAGGCUACAAGUUUGGGGGCUUCUAGAUUCCACUUGACAGAUACAAAAGGCAGACAAGUAGGAACAAUGGACAGAAAUUGCAAAGAGAUGAAUUUAGGUUUGAAUAAUGAUGUUGGAAUAACUUUCUUACAUUUAGAGCUGUCUUCCAAGUGUCCUCAGCUACCUUUAGAGGUAAUUGGGUUCAAGUGGAGACUGGAUGACUAUUGUUCAGGUAGGUCCUAGAAAAGAUUCUUAUUAAAGUACAGGUUAGAUCAGAUAAACUGUGAGGUUCCUUUCCAUUCUGAGAUUCUGUGUUCUUUCCACUAGCUCAUAUGCCUAUCUCUGGGAACAGGGGAAACUGAUUUAAGAGACGAGGGAGCAGGUGCUGAGAUUGAGGUGGAGAUAGAAGGUACAGAAAUACAGGAACGUCAAGCAUGAGAAACUUUAAGGUUCCAUCUUGGCAGCUUCUCCUUGAGAUUGCACAAUCAUUCAAUGUAAAAUUCUGGGCUCCCUCAUCUAUUCAGUGAUCACUGAGAGUCCUCCAACUCAAACAUUCUAUGGCUUUAUUAUCAAAGCUCAAACUAUUGAAACAAAGCUGUGAAGGGAGGAGAAGGGUGUGGAAGCAGUAAGUUUCAUAGGGAUAUCUAGAUAACCAGACUUUCCUUUCUGGGGAGAAAUGGACCAAAUCAGAUUCCUACCACAUACCUUCCUGUUGAGUCAGUUAAUAGUCCGUGGAAGAAGCAUCUUCCAUUUCUCCCCAAAGGGUCUUAAAUAAAGCAGACAAUGUAUGGAAGCAUGAAAUCACCUUUCAGGCCUUUCUUUCACUUUUAUUGCUUGGGCCAACCAAUAUGACACAGACUUCAUAAUUAUGUGAAAUUUUUCCUCAAACCACACACACACACACACACACACACACACACACACACACACACACACACACACACACACUGUAAAAGAAAGGAAGAGGAGAAAAAGAAGAAACUUGUUUUAUUCUUCCAAAGGGGCUUGAAAAUUUAUUGCACAUUCAUAGGGGCUUGUGAACAGGCAGUCAGGCAGAUUCCUAUUCUAAAGUCAUUCUCCCAAAGCCUCACAGAAACUGGGAAGACAGGAAAAGGGAAGAGAUGUGAGUAGCUGGCUGGGAUAAAAGAAGUCAGUGUCCCACGGCUUGCUUUCUCUUCCCCAUUAAGUAAUUUUUCCCAAGGACUCCAUUGAAUGAGGAGGGAGGUGAAGUUUGUUAUAAUACUAGGAUAUAUGACCUACUUGGACAGUUUUAGACUAACAAUAGACCAUAAAGUAGUUUAAGUGGGGAUGACUAAUCCCAGCAGGUGCUAAGUAUCUCUUUUGUCCCAAUGGUUUCUCCCCUUAGGCCAAAAUCCUUUACAAGGUGGCCCAGCCCUUUGUGUCCAUUGUAAAGCUUUGGCAUCAUCACUGUUAUUCCUGUUUGGGACUCCUCAUUUUCCUUUGUUACCAUUGUAAAGUCAAUCAACUAUUCCUCUCAUCAUUAGUCCCUAAGUUCUCCUAGAAAGGUAUUUAAGCUUCCCAACUUUAAUGGCUCCUUGGAAUUGUCCAAUCUAGGGCAUUCCCAGGGGUCAGUGACCAGAGCAACCAGAGGUCGAUCCUCAGAACUCUGCAUUGAGUCUUAAUUUAGCACUGUACCCCUUUCCUUAAUUAAAGAGUGGUUUUUCUGACUA